AUGGCCUCGCCCCAGCAUCUCGGGCCUCCUGAUGGAGGCUGGGGGUGGAUGAUCGUUGCCGGCUGCUUCCUUGUCACUAUCUGUACCAGGGCCGUGACAAGGUGCAUCUCCAUUUUUUUUGUGGAGUUCCAGGCAUAUUUUGGGCAGGAUUAUGCCAGAACGGCUUGGAUCCACUCCAUUGUCGACUGUGCUACAAUGCUCUGUGCUCCACUUGGGAGUUUAAUCAGUAAUCAUGUCUCCUGCCAAGUUGGUAUCAUGCUAGGAGGCCUUCUUGCGUCUGCUGGACUAAUUUUGAGUUCAUUCGCCACCAGCCUGGAACAUCUCUACUUAUCAUUAGGAGUUCUUACAGGACUUGGGUUUGCACUCUGUUAUUCUCCAGCCAUUGCAAUGGUGGGCAAAUAUUUCAACAAAAGAAAAGCACUGGCAUACGGAAUAGCCAUGUCAGGAAGUGGAAUCGGUACCUUCAUCCUGGCCCCUGUGGUCCAGCUUUUAAUCGAGCAGUUUUCCUGGCGUGGAGCUUUACUCAUCCUGGGAGGUUUUGUUUUAAACCUCUGUGUCUGUGGUGCCUUGAUGCGGCCAAUAGCUCUUAAGGAGGACUGUAAAACUUCUCCUGAAUUUCUUGAACAGGAUUAUGUCGCCGAAGAACAGAAACGAGACAUAAAGCGAAUGUCCAUCUGUUCACCUUUAAUCAAAGUGUGGUCUCGUGAAUGUUUAUGCUACUGUUCAAGAAAGGAAUAUGACUUUUUACUGAUGCCCGGUUUCAUGGUCCUGGCAGUGUCGAUUUUAUUUAUGGCAUAUGGCUGUAGCCCUCUUUUUGUCUACCUAGUGCCUUAUGCUUUGAGCGUUGGAGUGAGUCAUCACCAGGCUGCCUUUCUCAUGUCCAUACUUGGUGUCAUAGACAUCACUGGUAAUGUCACCUUUGGAUGGCUAACAGACAGAAGGUGUCUGAAGAAGCAUCGACACAUUUGCUACCUCUUUGCUGUGGGAAUGGAUGGCCUUUGUUGUCUCUUCCUGCCAGUUCUCCAAAACUUCCCUUUGCUUGUGCCUUUCUCACUUACCUUUGGAUACUUUGAUGGAGCCUAUGUAACACUGAUCCCUGUUGUGACAGCAGAUGUAGUUGGAACUUCUUCCUUAUCAUCAGCACUAGGUGUUGUGUAUUUUCUGCAUGCCAUACCAUAUCUAGUGAGCCCACCUGUUGCAGGUUGGCUUGUGGACACAACUGGCAGCUAUACUGCAUCAUUUCUCCUGUGUGGAUUUUCUAUGAUAUUUAGUUCAAUGUUAUUGUGCUUUGCAAGACUAGCAAAGAAAAUCAAAAGAAUGCAUUUGAGGUCACUCACCAAUGAUAUCAGCACCAAACAGCACAUAUGGACAAAUGGAGCAAUAGCUUAUUCUGUCACAGCAGAAUUAGACCAAAAGGAUGGUGAAUUUUUGGCUGCAGAUUCAAACAACUAUAGCAACAGAUGA